CUGAACUCCCUCCCUCCCUCCCUCGGAUCAAUUAAUAAUACAUCGCUGAUCGGAGCAUUCAUUCCAUCCCUAUCGGCCGCGCGUGUGGAGGAACAGCUCGCGACUUGGGAAACACCAGCCAGCCCUCUCCAGUCUAUCCCCCCUGUCUUCCUGUCUUCAAUCUCCUCCUCCUUCUCCUCCUCCUCCUACUCACUCCCGAUCCUGAUACUCUUUGUUCCCUUCCGCCUGCCUGCAAUCUGCCUCAUGGAGUACUAGCCUGCUCUCCCGCUUCUUCGUCCCCUCUUUUUCUUUUUCCUUAGAUCUCCUUCUUAUCGAUAGAGUGAGGCUUUCGGGUCGACGCCUCAACCCGACAUGUCACAUCCCGAAGAAGAGCGCUUCGCCGUGGAGAAAUCCGCCGAGGAGGCUCAGAUCGCCGCGAUGGAGCAGGAACAGCCGCCAGCUUCAACAACACCAGAACAGCGCAAGUCCAGCGGUCGCUCGUCUGUCACCAGCUCGGCCGUGGUGCCCGCCGAAAAGGGCUCCGCCGCCGCCGGCAAGCAACUCGCCCGCGCUGAUGAUUCCGAUGCGCUUUAUGCUCACCUCCCCGAUCACGAGAAGCAGAUCUUGAAGAAACAACUCGAUGCAGACGACGUCAAUGUGUCGUUCUUCGGCUUGUUCCGGUAUGCCUCCCGGACAGACCUCAUUAUCAUGUCCGUGAGCGGAAUUUGUGCCAUUAUUGCUGGCGCCGCUCUGCCGCUGUUCACGAUUCUCUUCGGUUCCUUGGCCUCGGCCUUCCGAGGCAUCGCCUUGUACGAGAUUGCUUACGAGGAUUUCUAUCACCAACUGACGAAGAACGUCCUCUACUUUAUCUAUCUGGGUAUCGCGGAGUUUGUCACGGUAUACAUCUCCACCGUUGGAUUUAUCUAUACCGGUGAACACAUUACCCAGAAGAUCCGCGAGCAUUACCUCGAGUCUAUCUUGCGGCAGAACAUGGGCUACUUCGAUAAGCUGGGCGCGGGUGAAGUGACCACCCGUAUCACCGCGGACACCAACCUCAUCCAGGAUGGUGUCUCGGAAAAGGUCGGUCUGACUUUGACGGCCAUCGCCACCUUUAUCACCGCAUUCAUCGUCGCCUAUGUCAAGUACUGGAAAUUGGCUUUGAUUUGCACAUCGACAAUCGUGGCCCUUGUCCUGGUCAUGGGAGGCGGGUCUCGCUUCAUUGUCAAGUAUAGCAAGAUGGCUUUGAAAAGUGCCGGUGCGAGUGGAACGGUGGCCGAGGAAGUGAUCAGCUCCAUCCGCAACGCGACUGCGUUUGGUACCCAGGACAAGCUCGCCAAACAAUAUGAGAUCCACCUGGCUGAGGCCGAGAAGUGGGGUGUCAAGACCCAGAUGGUCCUUGGUUUCAUGAUUGGUGGCAUGUUCGGCAUUAUGUUCUCCAAUUAUGGUCUGGGUUUCUGGAUGGGCUCUCGCUUCCUCACAGAUGGAGAGGUGAACGUGGGCCAGGUCCUGACUGUUUUGAUGGCUAUCUUAAUCGGUUCUUUCGCUUUGGGUAACGUCAGCCCCAACGGACAGGCAUUCACCAAUGCUGUUGCCGCGGCAGUCAAGAUCUAUGGUACCAUUGACCGACUCUCGCCCUUGGACCCCUACUCUGAGGAAGGUGAGAAGCUUGAGCAUUUCGAAGGUGCUAUCGAGUUCCGCGAUAUCAAGCAUAUCUACCCUUCGCGGCCUGAGGUGACUGUCAUGGAUGGUGUUUCUUUGAGAAUUCCCGCUGGUAAAACGACCGCCUUGGUGGGUCCUUCUGGCUCUGGAAAAAGCACUGUUGUUGGCCUGGUCGAACGCUUCUACUUCCCUGUAGGGGGCUCCGUGCUGUUGGAUGGCCAUGACAUUUCAACCCUCAAUCUUCGUUGGUUGCGCCAGCAGAUUUCUCUGGUCAGCCAAGAACCCGUUCUUUUCGGCACCACAAUCUAUCAGAAUAUCCGCUACGGCCUCAUUGGCACUAAAUUCGAAAACGAAUCAGAAGAGAAGAUACGGGAACUCAUUGAAAAUGCUGCGAGAAUGGCGAAUGCGCAUGAUUUCGUCACGGCACUUCCUGAAGGGUAUGAGACAAAUGUUGGCCAGCGUGGCUUUCUACUCUCCGGAGGACAGAAACAGCGUAUCGCCAUUGCACGUGCUAUUGUCAGUGACCCCAAGAUUCUCCUGCUUGAUGAGGCCACCUCUGCCUUGGACACCAAAUCCGAAGGCGUCGUCCAGGCAGCACUUGAUAGGGCCGCCGAGGGUCGAACCACCAUCGUGAUUGCUCACCGCCUGUCGACCAUCAAGACCGCACACAACAUUGUUGUGUUGGUUAAUGGCAAGAUUGUGGAACAAGGAAACCACAAUGAGCUUGUAAGUCACCAAGGUACUUACCAUAGUCUCGUCGAAGCCCAGCGUAUCAACGAGGAGAAGGACGCGGAAGCUCUGGCUGCUGAUGAGGAAGUGGAUGACGAGGACUUCUCGGAACAAGAAAUUGCGCGCAUCAAGUCUGCUAGCAGUGGCUCUGGCUCCUUGAAUGAGGAGGAGGAUGAGAAGUCGCUUGCCGGCAACGGGCUGAACCGUAGCGGAACGCACAAGUCGAUUUCCAGCGCUAUACUCGCUAAACGGGACCCAGAGGUGUCUCGGAAGUACUCACUUUGGACACUGGUCAAGUUUAUCGCCUCCUUCAACCGCCCCGAAUUGAAGUACAUGAUCAUUGGGCUGUGCUUCGCCGUUCUCUCUGGAGGUGGUCAGCCGACCCAGGCUGUUCUGUACGCCAAAGCUAUCAGCACACUUUCUUUGCCUGAUAGCAUGAGCGCCAAGAUCCGACACGACGGAGCCUUUUGGGCUCUCAUGUUCUUUGUGGUUGGAAUUGCCCAGUGCAUCAAUCUUUCCAUCAACGGCGCUGCGUUUGCCGUCUGUUCAGAGAGGCUGAUUCGCCGAGCUCGAAGCAUGGCGUUCAGGUCUAUUCUCCGUCAAGAUAUCACAUUCUUUGACAGGGAGGAGAACAGCACCGGCGCACUCACGUCGUUCCUGUCGACUGAAACCAAGCAUCUGUCUGGGGUCAGUGGUGCGAUCUUGGGAACUAUCUUGAUGACCAGCACCACCCUCGGCGCCGCCAUGAUUAUUUCCCUCUCUAUCGGAUGGAAACUGGCGUUGGUCUGUAUUUCAGUUGUCCCGAUUCUUUUGGGCUGUGGCUUCUACCGUUUCUUCAUGCUUGCGCGCUUUCAGCAACGUGCCAAGAGUGCCUACGAAGGGUCUGCCAGCUAUGCUUGCGAAGCGACGUCUGCCAUCCGCACUGUGGCCUCACUUACGCGGGAGCAAGAUGUCUGGCAAGUGUAUCAUUCUCAGUUAGAGAACCAGGGACGGAAGAGCCUGCUCUCUGUCCUAAGGUCGUCUAUCCUGUAUGCCUGCUCACAAGCCCUUGUUUUCUUCUGCGUGGCGCUUGGCUUCUGGUACGGAGGUACACUCCUGGGCCAUCACGAAUACUCUGUCUUCCGCUUCUUUGUCUGUUUUUCUGAGAUUUUGUUUGGUGCACAGUCUGCUGGAACCGUUUUCUCGUUCUCACCGGACAUGGGCAAGGCGAAAAACGCGGCAGCUGAAUUCCGGAGACUGUUCGACAGGAAACCCGACAUCGACACAUGGUCAGAGGAGGGUGAGAAGCUAGACUCAGUGGACGGCGCCAUCGAAUUCCGCAAUGUACACUUCAGGUACCCCACUCGCGCAGAGCAACCUGUCCUCCGAGGCUUGAACCUGACCGUCAAACCGGGGCAAUAUGUUGCUCUUGUUGGGCCUAGUGGAUGCGGCAAGAGUACAACUAUUGCGCUCCUUGAGCGUUUCUAUGAUGCUAUUGCUGGGAAGGUUCUUAUCGAUGGGAAGGACAUUACCGAGCUCAAUGUGAACUCCUAUCGCAGUUUCUUGUCGCUGGUCAGCCAGGAGCCUACCUUGUACCAGGGUAGCAUCAAAGAAAACAUCUUAUUGGGGGUCCUGCAUGAUGAGGUGCCCGAGGAGAAAUUGGUACAAGCUUGCAAGGAUGCCAACAUUUACGACUUCAUCAUGUCUCUCCCGGAGGGCUUCAAUACCGUGGUUGGCAGUAAAGGAGGCAUGCUUUCUGGCGGCCAGAAGCAACGAGUGGCCAUCGCCCGUGCUUUGAUCCGGGACCCGAAGGUUCUCCUGCUCGACGAAGCCACGUCUGCUCUAGACUCGGAAUCCGAAAAGGUUGUGCAAGCUGCGCUGGAUGCCGCCGCCCGGGGACGAACCACCAUCGCUGUUGCCCACCGGCUGAGUACCAUCCAGAAGGCCGAUGUCAUCUACGUGUUUGAUCAGGGUAAGAUUGUUGAAAGCGGCACGCACUCGGAAUUGAUCCGCGUGAAGGGUCGUUACUAUGAACUGGUCAACUUACAGAGCCUGGAAAAGGGGGCUUAAUUCUGCUUUUUAUUUAUAUCCUGUAUAGAUCUCUUAAUGUCUGCUCUUCCCCCCUCCACUUCUAUACCCCCAUACCCACCCCAUCUCCCAUCCUUGCUCAUUCUAUAAUGUCUUAUGAAUGUUUACGCGGGAUUGUGCCUAGAGUUGUCCCUGCUUCUGUUGUGUUGUGUUGUCUUGUUCUUGGCUUAUGUUAGAGAGCCCCAUUCAUCAUUUUGGAGUUGGCUUGCACGGGUGUCUGGUCGCUUAGAUUGGAGAAUGCCAUGGUUCAAGCUGUUCGCUAUAUCUCCCCCUUGUCUGCUUGUUGCUGCAAAGGUAGGCCAUUAAAUGCUCGCCUAAUGUGGCUACAUGGUCGGAUGGGUUUGGCUUUUGUGUUUUCUCCUCCCUUUAGUUUUGGUGUCAGAUUUCUC